CUUUUGUAAUUCAGCAGAUUCCCAGCAGUAAUCUCUUCAUGGUCGUCGUGGACAACAAGUGUGACUGCAGCUCUGCCCCCCUGGUUUCCAUGGAUCCCAUCGAGAUUAUGUACAAUGAGUCUCUGAAAUGUGAUAGGCUGAAGUUUCAGAAAGACAGAAAGCGGCCAGAAUCGUGUCAUCCUUUUCACCCCGAGGAGAAUGCCAUGGAGUGUGGAGGAGCAGCAGGCCUCUCUGCCCCCCUUACAGCAGCACUGCUCCCCCUACUGGCCACUCUCAUUAGCAGGUGACCACACCGCCCUCGAGGCCCACCGUCCUGGACCCAACACUGGAGAGAUUGAUAGACUGGCGCACCAUCAAAUGCUGACAACGCACAGGGAGCCUCGCCAACAAGAAGAACUUGCUCAUAACUAACUGAGUUGCGUAUUACCAACAGAGAGACCGACCAAUUGUAAAGCAUCUCCCUGACCAGCAGAGAAAUAACAAAUUAGAUGACAUUGUUCAAGAGAAACAGAACAAUAUUCCAAGGGGAAAACGAUAUGGACAUUAGACAGAAAAAAUACACCUGGGAGCAGCAAUGAACGGGUUUCACAGGAUGACAGAAAGGACACAAGAUCAGUUGGAUAACAAAGCCAGCACUCUGUGAUGUAGGAACUAUCUUCCUUUAUGUGCAGUCAGUGAAAGCAUUACCAUGUUGAUUUAAAUCUCAGUUGGUUCACUCCACAUUAGCGUUCCAAAAUACUUCAAUACACUCUCACAGCUGUAAUACGCUGACUGUGCAAGCGGCAGGACAGGAUUUUACAGAAUAAAAGAUCCACUUUUCCCUACGUUCAGACAACAUAACACAGGCAACGAUAUAUGAUUAUACAGAUAUACAAAUUACAAUAUUUGACAUAAUUUAUUUGCAUGAGACAAAGUCAACUUGAUCAAUAGUUAUUGCUCUUGUAUCAUAUGGUGGCACUGGUGACGAUGAGAUCUAUAGUGCCACCACUUGGUCUGGUGCAGCCAUCUAAGGUUGCAGUGACUUUAUAUUCACACAGCUUCUAAGGACAUACAUAAGGUUUACAUACCGCAUUUCAUUGCCCCUUGUCCAUCGGCUCAGUUCUUGUAGCCAGUUGCCCAUGGUGGAAUUAUCUGCAGGGCUUGACAUUAACUUUUUCUGCCACUUGUCCUUCAGACAAGUAAGACAGAUUUUUUACUUGUCUGAGCGGUUAAGGAGAACUGGCCAAAACCUCCCUCUGUUAAGGUGAGUGCAAUGCAGAUACUUGCAAAGGCUAUAAGCCCAGCGUUCAUCAAAGCACAGCUCCUCUGCCAAGAUCUGCCUGCAAUCUCGGCUCUGCCUUAUAUCAGUUUCUCAGAAUUCUGGUCAGAGUCUUGUAAGUAGGCACAGAUGUGAGCAAUUAGUUCAUGAUUUAGUAGUAUCUUCCCUUACAGGCUGUCCAGCUUCACCACACUAUCCCCAUCCUAGGUGGAAAAGACCGUCCCUGAGUUGUUUCAAAGCCAUGUGGUAACUUUGGACUACGCUGGUGGCUGCCAGACUUGCACUGGUCAUGCUCCCCGAGACCGUUGGGCUCCCGUUGACCUUCCUCCCACUGAAAGAGAUGCUGCUUCCCGUUGCUGAAGAAUGCCGGAAGUACCCUCUCGUAGAAGCUGGAGGUCAGAUGACCACUCUUGUGUGCUAUAUAUGCAACAGCCCUGGAUGCAGAACAGCCUCUCUCCGGGAAAAUCCACAGCAGACUGGAACCCCGGCUGGUGAUAACCCAUGGCUUGACCUCCAGUCGGCGGGAAGGCCUGCGAGGUUGGGCAGGAAAUCUCUCUCUCUCUCCCACCCAGCCGGGUCGUACCGGAGUCUGUGCAAAUAAACAAGGAACAAAGGGUUUGAGUUGUUUGAAAUGCACCACAGUUUCAGGACCUCUCUCUGCCAGUUCUAUGCGGCACAUGACCUCUAAAACCUGCUCUAGCACUUGGAAAGGGUGUUUGUAGCACCUCUGUAACUUAGGACAU